CUCGCCUUUCGCUUCCUCCUCCACUCUCAGAUUCUGAUGGAUCGCUUCAACGCUGACAAACGCAUCUUCUGCUUCAUCCUGUCGACCCGCAGCGGUGGUGUCGGGGUGAAUCUCACCGGCGCUGACACUGUGCUGUUCUAUGACAGUGACUGGAACCCCACCAUGGAUGCCCAGGCACAGGAUCGCUGUCACCGCAUCGGACAGACCCGAGAUGUACACAUCUACAGGCUGAUCAGCGACCGGACAGUGGAGGAGAACAUCCUGAAGAAAGCCAAUCAGAAACGGAUGUUGGGAGACCUAGCCAUCGAAGGAGGAAAUUUCACCACCACCUUUUUUAAAGAGCAGACUAUCCGAGAGCUGUUUGACCUGCCCGCGGAGGAGCCGAAGAAGGAGCUGGCCCCCCUGACGUUACCCCCCUCGCAGCCUGACGAGGAGGAUUCCAUGUCAGCUAAGCAGACUCUAAUCCUGGAGCAGGUCAGUCCCUGCGCUUCCUGGUGUUUAGUGACCUCUGACCCGCCAACUGCCCGCCCUGGGUGUCAGUGUGCUACAUUUGCUGGCUGUCACCGGUUGUCCUCACCGGGCCGCUCGCCCUCACCGGGCCACUCGCAGGUUAACAUUUUAUCGCAUUGCUGUCGGGAGGGGACUCUGUCAUUCCCAAAACUCUGACAUCUCAGCAUUAAG